UGCCUUUUUGAUUAGAUGCCUGCAGUAGACAUUAGGUCUCCUUCAAAGAUCCUUGGGUCGUAUGGAGCCGGGAACAGCUCGGCGUUGUCAUCAGGAUAAAAAAAUAUCAAACUCCUUUUCUCAGAGCCAGGCUUCUUCCCCUGACUCCCCCCUCCCAUAUUUGUAUAUAUUUCAAGAGGAGAGUCAGGCUUAGUUUGUUCAUAAACUGCAGUUCCUGGGCGGACCCCACACACAGCUGGGCUUUAGCUGCUGGAUCCGCCUUCCCGGCAAGGGUAGCCGGGAGCCUCGCAAACUCGGGGCUCCGAGCUUGACAGAAGAAGCACAAGAGAUUGGCUGCACCAAGGGAAGAUGAACUGGUCAACGCCGUGAAGCCGGGGUUCUGGUAGCUGGCAGGAUCCAGAAAAUGGGUUACUGGAGAGGAUCGGGUCUGCUUUCCUUACUGCUGCUCUCCUUCUCCUGCAGUGCCGGUGCCCGCCGCAGCCUGAAGACCAACCUGUGCAAGUGGUGCGACUCCACGCUGCCGGCCUGCGAGGGCAAGGUGUGCUACAGCAACUGCAACCUCAACUCCUACUGCGAGGAUCCCUACGAGAUCUGUGUGGCCAUAUGGAGACAGGACAACGAGAGCAUCAGGAUCAGCACACUCUGCCACAACCCCCUCCGCCCCAUCGAAAACCUCAUGGUCCCCAACUACAACACCUCGCGCUGCAUGAUGACCCAUCAGCCCAGCGACGAUGGGAUCAUCUACAUCUGCGGUUGUGUGGACGAGCAGGAGUGCAACGAUAAACUUAUCUUUGAAAACCACACCAAUGGCUACUCCAUGCUGCAGAGCAAAGAGGUGAUCCCGGUGGCCGCCAUCAGCCUCCUGCCCCCACUGCUGGUGGCAGUGAUGAUCACGGUGAUAUUUUACCUCUGCCGCACGCAGAAGCGGCGCAAGAGAGCCAAGGCAUGGGGUGGGAAGACCGGACAGCCCCCGACGCUGCAGGAGCCAAGGAGUUCCAUUGAGAAGGAGGAAAAGUUGUCCGUGCUGAUGGACGAGAGCCCGGCCGGCACCAGCCCCACCUGCGCAAGCAGCCGCCCCGCUGAGCUGCUCCCCAUCGAGCUGGAUGAGAUGGUGGGCAAGGGGCAGUUCGCAGAGGUGUGGAGAGCCAAGCUGAACCACAGCCACACAGGGCAGUAUGAGACAGUGGCCGUGAAGAUCUUCCCCUGCGAGGAGUACUCCUCCUGGAAGAACGAGAGCCAGAUCUUCACUGAUGCCAGCCUCAAGCAUGACAGUGUCCUGCAGUUCCUUACGGCUGAGGACCGGGGCACCGGCCCCCGCCGCGAGUACUGGCUCAUCACCGCCUACCACAGCCGCGGCAACCUCAAGGACUACCUCUCCCGCCAUAUCCUGAGCUGGAUGGACCUGCAGAAGAUGGCAGGCUCCCUGGUGAGCGGGGUGGCCCACCUCCACAGCGACUACACCACCUGUGGCAGGCCAAAAAUCCCCAUCGCCCACCGGGACAUCAAAAGCACCAACAUCCUGGUGAAGAACGAGCAGGAGUGCGUGCUCUGUGACUUUGGCAUCGCCAUACGUCUUGACCCUUCCCUGACAGUAGAUGACUUUGCCAACAGUGGGCAGGUGGGCACCGCCAGGUACAUGGCCCCAGAGGUCUUGGAGUCCAGAGUGAACCUGGAAGACUUGGAGUCUUUCAAGCAGAUGGACGUCUACUCCAUGGCCCUCGUUUUGUGGGAAAUGGCCUCCAGAUGUGAAGUGGUAGGAGAGGUAAAGAAUUAUGAGCUGCCUUUUGGGUCAAAAGUCCAGGAGCAGCCCUGUGUGGAUACCAUGAGGGACAUUGUGCUGCAUGGCAGAGGACGCCCCGAGAUCCCGAGCAGCUGGCUGGUACAUCAGGGAAUGCGCUUUCUGUGCGACACCAUCACCGAGUGCUGGGACCACGACCCCGAGGCGCGCCUCACCGCCCACUGCGUGGCCGAGCGCUUCAACCUGAUGGCACAGAUGGAUUGCGACGACAUCCUCAACAACAACACAGACAACGAGGCCAGCAAAACAGCUUCUCCAGGUGGGGAGCACCAGGACAGUGACGGGAGCAGAAAUAUGCAGUGACGGAGCAGGCAAAAAGCCUCAUUGUGAGAAAUGAGAAUAUAAGCGAGAAGCAUUUAGCUCAUGGGGAGAAACCCUCGCUUCAUUUUUCAAAAAUGGAACUAAGAUCUAGCACAUAACUUAUUUAUAAGAUCUGUCUCCUCCCACAGACACAGUGAACAGUGGAAUCAAUACUUUGGUUAAAGUGCAACAAUAUGUAUGAACUGAUUUUGUAUGUACUUUAAAUGUAUAAUGACGCAAAGCAUUCCUUUUCUUAUUUUUUAAAAUAAUAAUGUUUAAUCUUUUAUUAAGAAGCACUAGAAUUCCAUGUCUAUCUUUUGAAGUCCUCCCACACUGCCAUCACCAGUUUCCCUUCUAACUGCUUAUUCUGCAGAGAUCAAGACAGUUUUUGAUUUUCCUUUUUUAAUGCCCUCCACACACACUAAUCUCUUCUGGCAGAAAAAAACCAACUUGAGCUGUUACACAUCCUCAGUGGAACACAUGCUGGCACCCAAGAAAAUUAUUCAUCCAUCAAUGAACCCUUAAUACACUGGAAAGAUACCUGAUAAUCCAGCUUGCAAAAGCCUGAUUUGCCAAGACUCCAGCAUGCUUUUCACCGGGGAAUACCUGGGGGUACUGGAUAGUUCAGGUGGGUGCAUGAGGUUUCUUCAGUAGAAACAAAAAGUCAUUAGUGUAGACACUGCUGUUUUCCUCCAAGAAGUCUCCAUAUAGGGUUAUAUCAAGACAACAUUUCCCCCCGUAUCAGUCCAGUUUCCAGUCACCUCUACCCAAUAGAUACCAACAAUGUAUUACUAAGCACAGUAAUACCACCAACGCAAACGCGUAGGCUGAUUCUUCUUGCAACUCCUUCAUGCCUCGGUGCAGUUAACUCAACCUGAAGAAACAUGAUUAGACAGAACCAGGACCUUUACUCCCUUGACCACCAGACCAAGCCAGGAUACUUCUGUAGUGGAGAGGCAAUUAAAGGCAGGUAAGUCAUACCUCUCUUUGAGCCCUAGCGCUGUGCAAAUCUUAAUCUCUCCACCCUUGGGAGCAAAAGGUAAUAAAAACCUUACCCGCUACUAAGAAGCCCUGCAAGCCCAUACCUGACACUCACCUACGCAAAGGUGUAUCUUUCAGUGAGGAACACUAUGCUUGCCAGCACACAGGAGCACGGAAGACUUCACAAUGGUGCAGCAUGAAAGCAGAUCUGCAGGGCUGUUUUGGUUUUCUAAACUGCACAGCUAUGACACCACUAGCUCAUACAAAGAGUUUUUCCCCUCCUGCUGUUGUUUCCACCUCUUUCAGCUGUUUCUGCAGCUCUUAAAUUAAAACCCUAGAACUAAAUUGUCUCAAAUUCCUUUGAAGAUGGACAGAAGGGGAAUGAGUCAGGUUGCAGCAAACCUAAGAAAUAAGAACUAACUUUGCCUAUAAGCUCCACCUGCAACUGUGACCAUACCUUUCAUUCUCACCAAACACUCACCUGGCUCCCCCCUCUUGUCAUCUUACAAUUUUUUCAAGCUAACCCCCUUCUCUUGAAGCAUAUUCUCCCCAGUCCACCAGAAACACAGCCUUCCCACCCACCUAACUUGGUCUUAUUUCUUUAACAUAUUAACCACUGCUCCCCUGUAUAUACAUCCAAGAGGAACAGCUUUUCUGACAUGAAGAAGCUAAAGCAACACAACAAAGUUCCACCAGGCUGCCCAGUCUUUCCUUACUCAGCACAAAAUUUCCCCUACCAAAUUUUGCACCAAGUUGUUUGGACAGAACACUGAUGAAUAUACCUGUUUGCUCUUUCAAGUUCAGUUCAAUAGGCUUUAGAAGACACUCUGACCCGUUAUUCCACAGGUGAUCAGGACCGAAGGGGAUCAGCCUAUGCAAACUAGACACUGAAGGCUGCAUUUCUGGUUCUGACAGCUGAAAUCCAAGUUCUCCUGGGGAAGACAGAUGUAAUCCUAGGUUUGACAGCUUAUAUUGUAAACUUGCUGAAACACAACUCAAUCUAUUUCCCUUCCUAUGCCUAAAAACUUAAGCACUCCUAUUUACAUACUGAGCUUGGUUUUCAUGAGAGAAAAAAAAAGCAGAAUCAAGCCUUCAGGAUUAUAUGCUUCAAUGCCUGUGGUAAAUAGGAGUGACUUAUCACACUCUUGGCUUUCUGAGAGGAGCAGGGUACACAGAUCAGUAAGAUUUUUUUGGGGGCUCCUCUUCACUUCAGAGGAGCCCAAUCAAGCCAAAAGGACAGAAGGGAAGAUAAGCCAAAAUCCUACAUUUUGGAACACUCCCCAUUGAACACAUAGUGGUUGUAGCAAGUAUCUACACAUUGGAAGCAGCAGUGAGCCUUUCCCUUCGCUCUAGAAUAUGCAAGAUGGAAACAACAGCAGUUAUGCAAGAGAAUCCAAUCUGGUCAGAUUUAAAAAUACACAUAUUAGUCCAUAGGAUGCUCGCAACUUCCAGAAGAAUCAAGUCUUGCAGUUUAAGCUGGAUAUUCAGUGGCAAGAUUUUUUUUUAAACUGUUUUCAACUAUGCCCUGUGUUUCUAGAAUUAAGUAGAAAUUCUCAUCAGGAAGCCAUUCCAGUUUUUGUGAUCACCUGAGCAAAGGAAGGCUUUACCAUUUUUUCUAGCAGCAUCCCCAAAUGGGACUUGGACUUCACGAUCCCUGUGGGUCCUUUCCAACACAGGAUAUUCUACGAUUCAUUCCACGUUAAAAGAAAUCGCUUAACGUAUUUUAAAAGACUACUACUUCAGCAGUGGGUCUAUUCCUACACAACAACAUUACUAACAGCUAAUAAGUAACAAUGUGAAACCACAUCAGAUGAGGGUGAAGAGAAGUAACUUGACUGAUAACAUAAGGAACACAAAUGGCUUGAUGGUCAACACAGGCGCUUUUCCGUCUGCAGGGCUUUAUUUUAAUAAGCACAAGUUUAUCCCUGGAAUAUGCUCAGCUGAUAAAGGCUUGUUUUCUGCUCUGAUCACUGCAACAUUAAAAGCUGGACCUUGCACCACAACCCUGCUGUUUGUUUAAAGCAAAUCUGCUGUGUGACACACAUAAAACACCUAUGAAACAUACACUGUGGUC